AUGUCUCUCAAAUCCGGUGACAGCUUCCCCGACAACGUCGUCUUCAAGUACAUCCCCUGGAGCGAGGAGAGUGACGAAAUUACCUCCUGCGGCAUCCCAAUCGACUACAAUGCCUCCAAAAACUGGGCCGACAAGAAAGUCGUCCUCUUCUCCGUGCCCGGCGCAUUCACCCCCACCUGCUCCGUGAACCACGUCCCCGGAUACAUUCAGAACCUCCCCAACCUCCGCGAGAAAGGAGUGGACAUUGUUGCCGUCCUGGCUUUCAAUGAUCCCUUCGUCAUGAGCGCCUGGGGCAAGGCAAACCGUGUGCGCGGGGAUGAGAUUCUUUUCCUUUCGGAUCCUGAGGCCAAGUUCUCCAAGAGCAUUGGGUGGGCGGAUGAGGCUUCCGGGCGCACUGGUCGGUAUGCUAUUGUCAUUGACCAUGGCAAGGUCCGCUAUGCUCAGAUUGAGACUGAAAAGGGAGCUGUCAAGAAAUCUGGCGCCGAUGCCGUUCUUGCUUCCCUUUAG